GAACACCAUGGGUCUCCUAGCUAUAUUGGGCUUGCUGCUGGUAAUCACAAAGUCAUCCCUGGAAAUUUCUUCAGAUUAUUUAGAAAAUGAUAAUGAAUAUCGUCUAAUAAAUAACAUGAGAAUACACAAGCGUGAAGCUAAGCCGUCUAGACGUAAAAACAAUGAGUCAGAUAAUAAAGACUUUAUAGAAGAAAAACUUGUCGCCCAUGGUCAAGCUUUGGAGCACCUAGUAACAAUGGUUCAGAAGAAUGAAGAGCUAACGAGAAAAUUGGUUGAAAAACUUAGUGCCCUAAAAACCGUUGAAGAACCAGAAAUGCCAGAGAAAGUGGAGCUUUCCGGUCGUCGCUCGUUCGGGAAAGUCGAUACGCCCGUUAUCAGAGGUGAAACUGGCAAUCAGUGGUGCAUAGCUGCCUUUCUUUGCCGCAGUGACAAUGACAAAGUCUGUGGUUUCGAUAGUAGCUACGGCUACGGCAGGUUUAAGGACAUUUGCCACAUGUUUGAUGUUAACUGCUACUGGAAAUACAAUUUCCUUCUUUCACAUGCAUGCGAUAAAUUUUUUUAAUGAUUCAACCGAUAACAUUAAAUUUACUAACCAUAUCUAAAUAACGGC